CGCCCGUUGCUGUGAGGCGUAGUGUGCUGCUCUACUUGCAGCAAACAUACAGAAGAGCAGGUGAAUGCCGGCUAAACAUUGUUUCUGGUCUCGAAGGACUUGUAAAGUCAGUUCUGCAAUCUUUAGGAUUGGAAAUCCGACCGUUGUCCUUCACAGAUUCAAGUCUUUCAAGUGCAUCAUCAGGAUAGCAAGCCAUGUCAACUUUUGUGCCCAAACUCUCCAGUGGUAGUACUGUCAAGAUUCGCUUUAGCACCAUCGAGCUAGGCGGCACCAAGUGGAAAGAAGGAACCUUUGAGAUUUUGGAAAAGGACAGCAGAGUUAACCUCUGCUUAAGGUUCAGCUGUGGUGGAGCCACCAAAACUUUCCAGCUGAACCAUAAUGUGAAAAACAUUUCUCAGAAUCAGAGUCGGAUCAUGUUAACUCUGAAGGACAACAUUGUCAUCUACUUGGAUAAGAUGCCUCAGUCUUUGGUUCAGAGGACGAAGGAAUAUCUGGAAAAACUGAAACAGGGAAAGUCUGUUUUGAAAUCCUCCUAUGGAAGUGCAAAUCUAAGUGUUCUUGGCAACCGCUCUAUGAAAAAUGAGACCAACCUAUCAGGAGAAAGACAGCCAACACCGAGGCGACAGAGCACUGAGGGCCGCGAAGAUACAACACCAAGGAAGCCUCUGAGCAGCCCCAGCAGGGCAGCUGCCACUCCCACUCGCAUUGGACUAUUGGAAAACAGAAGUGAGAAAAGAAAGAGACUCCUCACUUCUGAAAGUGACCUUAAUGAAGACUACCCCAAGGAAAAUGACUCCUCCAGCAACAACAAGGCAACUUCAGAAACACCCAGGAAGUUUCUUCUGAGCUGCAAGGAAAAGCUGAAGCAUUCAGAGGAGAACAGGAGCACAGGCCCAUUGGGAGCAUCUCCGCUUCAGCCAACCUCAUUCUAUGGCAGCAGAUCUGUAACCAAAGACUACAGUCAGAGCCACUCCUUUGUGGACAGGCCUGUCAGUACUUCUCAGACCACCGCAGCCAAGAGAAGUCUCAUCCUCCCCAACCACUCCACUCCCUUUAAGAAGGUGCGGCCCUCUCUGGAAUACGGUGGCUGGAACAAACAGAGGCCAUCUGCCUUAGCCCAACCUCAGCCACCAUUGCAAGGAUUUUCUAAUCUGGGAAACACCUGCUACAUGAAUGCCAUACUGCAAUCCCUCUUCAGCCUGCCCUCUUUCUCCAAUGACUUGCUCAAGCAAAGCAUGUUUUGGAAGAACUUGCCUAUCAACGCAUUGCUACGGCGUUUUGCCCACCUUAUGAUUAAGAAGGAUGUAGGCUGUCCAGAGACUAAGAAGGACCUGUUGAGAAAAGUGAAAAACGCCAUAUCUUCCACGGCUGAGCGUUUCUCUGGAAACGUGCAAAAUGAUGCACACGAGUUCCUGAGUCAGUGUCUGGACCAGUUAAAGGAUGAUGUCGAGAAAAUUAGCAAGAGUUGGUCAAAUGGGGCAGCGCCGCCCCCCUCCGGGGCGUCCGAACCGGGUCAGGAAGCCACAGCAAUCAAGGCAGAGCCCGCCGAAGAGGCAGACACCUCCCACAUCUUCACUUGCCCGGUGGUGGCCAACAUGGAAUUUGAGGUGCAGCACACAAUCACCUGCAAAGGCUGUGGCGAGGUGGUAACCAAACGCGAACAGUUCAAUGAUUUAUCCAUCGACCUGCCACGUAGAAAGAAGACCAUCCCACUUCGCUCUAUUCAAGACUCUUUGGAUCUCUUCUUUAGGAUGGAGGAAAUUGAAUAUUCGUGUGAAAAGUGCAACGGAAAAGCAGCGACAGUGACACAUAAAUUCAGCAAAUUACCCAGAGUGCUCAUCCUACACCUGAAACGGUACAGCUUUAACGCCCAGCUGUCCCUGAACAGCAAGCUGGGCCAGCAGGUGGUGAUCCCGCGAUACCUAACCCUACUGUCCCAUUGCACUGAAUCCACAAGGCCUCCCGUCAGCCUUGGCUGCAGCCUCCCAGCUUCUGUGUCCAGAACACUCAAGACGUCAUCAUUGGUUCACUCCUCUGCACCACCGCAUCGAAGAGCUGGGGGAAAAGCUGCCUUUUCCAGUAGCUCUUGUGUUCUUUUGGACUCUGACUGUGAGGAGGAGCUAAUCAAGAAGGUGAGCGUAAGCCGCAAACGACGCCUCAGCAGUUGCCUGUCUGAACACGAUGGUCAUCUCGAAGAGAGGGGGGCGAUGGAGUCGGGAGACUUCAACGGCAUAGACGAUGACGAAAUGCUGGCUGCUGUGCUGGAGAUGAGCCGUCAGGAGGCGAGGCUUUCUGCGCCGCCUCCUAUGGAGGAUGAGCCAACAAGCAGCCCAGACACAGGGUUUGGAGACGCUGAUAUUAAUGACCUGGCCUACCAUCCCGAUCAGCUUGAAGGGGAUACUAAGCCAUCUACAGAUGUGCUGGGAUCCUUGGACAUGACUAUGGAUGAUAACAAGGAGAACCAGACUCCAGAGAGCGUGCAGCAGCAAGGCGAGCUCGACUGGGUGCAGCAGUAUAACCUGGAUCAGGAGCGAGAGGAGCAGGAGCUGCAGCAGGCACUGGCCCAGAGUCUCCAGGAACAUGAAGCUCAAGAGAUGAGAGAAGAUGAUGAUCUGAAGAGGGCGACUGAGCUCAGUUUGCAAGAGUUUAACAAUUCUCUGCCUGAGCUGCUGUGUUCAGAUGAAGAUUCUGGAAACGAGGAUGUGCUGGACAUGGAGUACACUGAAGCUGAAGCAGAGAACCUCAAGAGGAACGCUGAGACUGGAGACCUGGCCAACUCCUACAGGCUGAUCAGUGUCGUCAGUCACAUCGGCAGCAGCUCGUCCUCUGGACAUUACAUCAGUGACGUCUACGACAUGAAGAAACAGUCGUGGCUGACCUACAACGACCUGGACGUCUCGCGUACACAGGAAGCCGCGGUCCAACGAGACCGGGACCGCAGUGGAUACAUCUUUUUCUACAUGCACAGAGAUGUAUUUGAGCAGCUGUCGGAGAUGGAGCGAUCCGGGGCCGGCGGAGCCUCGGAGGCAGUGAGGAAUGUCCUGCAGCCCCUGUGAGCUCGCUUCCAAAGCUGGGUCGUCUUGAUGAACCCCAACAACCAUCUGUACUACUGAUCCUCCAUCAUCACCUUUGAGCGUUUUCUUUGUUCCUCUACUGGCUUUCAUCUGUACCUGUUCAUCUCACUGCAGGUGUCGGUUGUAAAGACAAAGCUAAAACAAAACCACAACUGAAGUUCAAGUUCAUCUAUGUUCAGCUCUGUGAUUUUUGGGGCCCAACGUUUCUUUCCCCAUCAAGUUUUUUUGUUUGUUUAUCAGCACAUUUCUUUAAAUAGACACAAAAAGAAAUCCUUCACCAGAUGGUACUGGUGCUGCGUGAAUUGUUUGGAGAUCCUUUAUUUCACAUAUAAUCUGAAUAAAGAUAUAUUCUAUGUUGGGAGUAUAA